AUGGAUGAUCUGAAGCCAACCCCAGCAAGCUUAUCUCCUCUAACACCAUUAGGCUUCUUGGAAAGAACAGCUACUGUUUAUGGUGACUGCCCAUCCAUCAUCUACAACAACAUCACUUACACCUGGUCUCAAACCCACCGUCGAUGUCUCCAAGUCGCUUCAUCUCUAUCAUCUUACGGCAUCCAGCGUGGGCAUGUGGUCUCCGUUGUGGCCCCCAACAUCCCGGCCAUGUACGAGCUUCAGUUUGCCGUGCCCAUGUCUGGUGCCAUCCUCAACAACAUCAAUACACGCCUAGAUGCACGUACCAUUUCCAUACUCCUGCUUCACAGCGGAUCUAAGCUCGUAUUCGUUGAUUGCCUCUCACGUGAUAUCAUCCUUGAAGCCAUGUCCUUGUUUCCUCCGAAUACCAAGCGCCCUACGCUCGUCCUCAUCGCCGAUGAUGCUGAGGCACCAGCACCACCAUCAUCGGCAACCGUUGAUUUUUGCUGCACAUACGAAAGCAUGGUUGAGAAAGGGGAUCCCGGUUUCAAGUGGGCCCCACCACGAAGUGAGUGGGACCCGAUGGUGCUAAACUACACGUCAGGUACCACGUCGUCUCCUAAAGGUGUGGUCCAUUGCCAUAGAGGUGUCUUCACCAUAACCGUUGGAUCCUUGAUUGAUUGGGGUGUUCCAAAACAGCCCGUGUAUCUGUGGACCCUACCGAUAUUCCACGCCAACGGAUGGAGCUACCCUUGGGGAAUUGCAGCCCUUGGUGGGACCAACAUCUGUCUUCGUAAAUUUGAUGGUCCCACGAUCUACCGCUCGAUCCAAAGACACGGUGUCACUCACAUGUGUUGCGCCCCUGUGGUGCUAACCAUGCUAACAAACUCUCCAAAUAAUGUACCCCUUAAAAACCCAGUUCAGAUUAUGACCGCCGGAGCUCCGCCACCAUCCGCCGUGCUAUUCAGGACUGAGUCGCUGGGUUUUGUAGUGAGUCAUGGGUACGGGUUAACUGAAACAGCAGGGCUCGUGGUGUCUUGUGCAUGGAAACCAAAGUGGAAUACAUUUCCAGCAAGUGAAAGAGCUAGACUAAAGGCAAGACAAGGAGUCAAGAUUGUUGGGUUCACUGAGAUUGAUGUUUUGGAACCCAGUUCAGGAAAGAGUGUGAAACGAGAUGGGGCAGCACUUGGUGAAGUUGCUUUAAAAGGUGGGUGUGUUAUGUUGGGCUAUUUAAAAGACCCAAUCGGCACAUCAAAGUGCAUGAAAGAUGGUUGGUUUUACACAGGAGAUGUGGGUGUUAUGCACCAAGAUGGGUAUCUAGAAAUCAAAGAUAGGUCCAAAGAUGUGAUCAUCAGUGGCGGAGAGAACAUCAGUAGUGUGGAGAUUGAAUCGGUGUUGUAUACACAUCCUGCUGUUAAUGAGGCAGCUGUUGUGGCUCGACCUGACGACUACUGGGGGGAGACGCCAUGUGCAUUCGUGGGUUUGAAAGAUGGGCUGGGGCUGUCUCAAAAGCCGAGUGAGAAGGAUAUAAUUGAUUUUUGUAGGGAAAAAAUGCCUCAUUAUAUGGUGCCUAAAACUGUGGUUUUUAAAGAUGAACUUCCUAAGACAUCAACUGGGAAGAUUCAAAAGUUUGUACUAAGAGAAAUUGCUAAAGGCAUGGGGUCUUCCGUACGGAGUCGAAUGUAG